CUUGGCGCAUACCGUACGCUUCCCACGUCUUCUCUUCUCCACAGUGCUAACAAAGUUAGCAUUCUAGCACUCCAGUUAACCAGACUGGUGAAGGUUGGUCUAAACUGUUAACUUCAACUAAGCGUAGGUUGGAAUAAUUGUGUUUGCUUAAACGUCGAUUCAUCUGCACCUGUCAACAUGGUCAACGUACACAAAGGGGUUCUAAUUGAAUGUGAUCCUGCCAUGAAACAGUUCCUACUCUACCUGGAUGAAACCAUGGCCCUUGGAAAGAAGUUUAUCCUAAAGGACCUCGAUGAUACACACCUCUUCAUCCUGGCAGAAGUGGUUCAAACCCUCCAGGAUCGAGUUGGAGAGUUAAUGGACCAGAAUUCAUUUCCCAUCACGCAGAAAUAAUGCUGAACUUUUUCCUAAAACUAUUCCCUCUGAGACUAUAUUGUGAUGGUCUUUAUAUGAAUAUGGUUAAAACAGUGUUUUAACUACAGACUGUACUGAGGAAAUUUCUACAUUUUGUUGGACUGAUUUUAAUUUUAUGUUUUCAGAUAUUUUAUGAAAUGUUGAUAUAUGAAAGUACCUAUGUUGCUGAAUGUUGUUCCAUUUCACAUUCGCUUCCUUAAGAGCAAUUUUUUCCUAUAUCUAACAUGUACAACAUGGAUAUAGAUAGGUGGACAGUAGUAAUAAUUUCAUUUGGGAUUUUGAAAUCUACGCACAGCACUAAACAGGGCUUGUAACUUCACUUAGACUUGAGUCGUUCUUUGAAUAAAAAAUGAAAGGGUACUA